AUGACAUUGAAAAUGGGACUGUUUGGUACAUUCUCAGGACUUGGAGAAAGUUUAAACAAAUACAUUUCAAAUUCAUGCCAUGAAUUUAGCAUAGCACUGACUCAAGAUUUUGAAGAUGGAAAGAUAAUAUUUUAUAAAAAGUUCAUGCUCAACUACACCAUGAUCCUGCUCUCAAUAGAUCCUCUGAUUGAUGUUCCAGAGGCACAAUUUCUGACGGAGUAUAAUAUAAAUUUUCUUCUGAAUACAGCUUCGAGAAUUGUCGAGAUUUUAAAGAAUCAGCCGAGUGUAAACCUACAAACGAUACUGAUGGAUGUAUUAAAAUUUUUAUUGUGUGCUGUGUUUUCGGUAGAGUAUACAACUCUGCUAGAAACAUUUGAAUACGGAUUUUUAUUUGAGCUUAUUGAGUUGAGUCAAUCAGGACCAACUUUGGAAAUGAUGAAGGGAAUUUCAUCAGUGAUACUAGUGUAUUUGAUCAUGAUAGGAAUAAUACCAGACGAGAAGGUGAAAAGAUUAGGUUUGAUGUGUGAACAUUUAAAGAAAUUAUACGAAUCCGUGGAGUUUAAGGCGUCUGAAGUGGCUUUAAAGGCAGACAAUAUUAAACCAGUUGAUACCUUGGGACAAGAUUUUAACCAAGUUGUAAAUUAUUGUCUUAAUAAUCUGUUAAAAACAACAGUGACUGACUUUUUGGAGAUUUUCUACUGGAAUGUUAACAACUAUUUCAACUUUUCACUAGCGCCUCAAAUAUUCAAGAUCCUUAUCAUGUUCAAAUUGUAUAUACACCCACACAUCUUCGGACAACUUUCGAGGUUUAUAGACAGUUUUGUAAGAACAGAAGAUCCGGUUUCUAGUAAGAGUAUUGGGAAUCUGGUAAUUGAUGAUAACUUGUUGGACAAACCGCACGUGUUGCUAAAAACGUUGUAUUCAGAGGAGUUGGAAUUUUGGAAACAGAAACUAUACGCAAUGGAGUGUCAAUUACAUGUUAUAUCAAAUUCGCUGAGUCUUACGCGUUUAGAAAAUGAGAGGCUGAGGAAUAACAUAGAACUGUUGAAGAAAAAAUUGGAAGGCCCGGGUAGUGAAGAGGAUUUUAACUUGGAGCUAGAAUUGGAAAUUGAAAGACAGAGAUACUCACAUCUCGAGGAAAUGUACAAUGUAAGAAAUAAAAAUGAUAAUAAAUUAUAG